UCUCUGGCCCCCGGUUCCGCAUGAAGUCACCGCAAGCAACCUGAACUUGUGUGCGUCUGUGUGUGUGUGUGUGUGCGUGUGCGUCAGCGGAAUCACCGCACCCAAUAGUCGCCUUCGAUGCCGCGGCCUCAAGAUGAAUCGUCGACGGAACCGAUUCAGGCGUUGCCCGCUGCGGCCUCGGCCGCCAAGUUCUCGUACAUGAGGCACUCGACGUCGACCAUCGAGCCGUUUCCGACGUCACCCUCCGAAUCCUCGCUCGUCUUUCGCCGAUCGACUGCUGCUUCCCUAUAUGCCUCGACGCUGUCGCCGCCGGGCUCGAGGUCCAUGUCACCUGCGGGCCGAGGAUCUCCGUCACGGGUUCUGUCGGGCACCGUGUUCGACAUUGGUCAGAAUCGGGGGCUGCCGGACAAUGUCGGGGACGACCCGAGCGAGCCAUUGAAUCUCAUUCUAAAGUCCUUUGUGCCUCAUGUGUCCGUCUGUGCCUCGCGGGAUACCGAGGCUUUGAUCCGCGAAAAGGGCUUCCAGCACGGAUUGUGGGAGCUCUUACGGCCCUUUGGCGAGAGCAUCCAGGGCAAGGUCAACAUCAGGGACAGCAACGGCGUUGGACGAAUAGUGGAGGACUUUUCUAUUCGCUUCACCCGAUUCGGUGAGAACAUUGAGCGCCCAGAUGCUCUGACAUCCGGAUCCCAGCAAGGCCCGGCGCCCCGGAGUCAGAAUGGGGCGCAAGAAAGGGAUGCGGGGAAAAGGUCGGCCAUCAACGACAUUGAGGCUGUCGUUGAGCGCCAUCUCUCGUACGCGGAGGAAUCGUUCCUUGGAAUGCCACACCAGAGCAUCAUGACGAAGAACGGUUCAGAUUCCGAGGCAGCCUCUCCAUACUAUGCUCUGUACCUGCGCCGUCUUCUUUCGGGCUUGCCCAUCUCGCCUCACGAGACCUUUGCCCACCCUGUUGCCUGCAUCAUAGCGAUCAGCUCGCGCAAUGCAGCCCCAAUCGAGGAGCUCCGGCGCCUCUACAGCGAAACCAGCCAGGGCGAGAGGAGACUGCCAUCAUGGGUUGACGGGGAUUAUCUGAGAUACUACGUUUUGGUCCACGACGAGGAGAAUGACGAUAUUGCAAGGUCCAUGGGACUGUUUGAACAGAUGAAGCGACACUUGGGGCUUCAUUGCCAUUUGUUGAGGCUACGAUGUAGUCAGAGUGUGGAAACGGAUGAUGACAGCAUACCUCUUCCGCGGAGCGACUGGAUGUCGGCUGCCGAAGAGUUGGCAGAGAUUCGCCGCAGCGAGAACGAUGAAGAUUUUGAGGAUCCGUCACGGUACAUUUUCGAGUCAGACGCUACGGCCAUCCGCACAUUUGUUCGCGAGAUGGUGACGCAGUCCAUCAUCCCUACCAUGGAGCGGCAUGCCACCAUCUGGAACGACCAGGUGGCGUCGAGGCGCAGGGGACUCACGGGAAGGUUCAUGAGCCUGUCCAAGAGGUGGACAGGGUUUGGUAGCACCUCGCGAAGUUCAUCAAGCGGCAUCAACACCAGCAAAGACGGCUACGAUCCCGCAGGCUACUACCGGGCCGAUACGUCGGAGGCCAUUAUGCGCAAGCUGGCUGACUUUGCCUUUAUGCUGCGCGACUGGAGGCUGGCUCAUUCUACCUAUGACCUGCUGCGAUCCGAUUUCAGCGAAGCAAAGGCCUGGAAAUACCACGCCGCAGCGAACGAGAUGGCUGCCAUCAGCCUUCUUCUCAUGCCACAGCAGUUGACCUCCAAGAGCCGCGCGGAGACUGUCGACCAAAUGCUGGAAUCGGCAUUCUAUUCUUACAACACACGGUGCAGCUCUCCAUAUGGAGCGACGAGGACUCUGAUCCUAGCCCAAGAGCUCCUGCGGCUCAGAGGAGGUUCCAGCAUCGAUGACGCCGCACGAUGGUGCACUCGUCUGCUCGAAUCUAAGAUCCUGGGCAGCAUUGGGGACGCGCUGCUCAAGGAGCGACUGGCCAUCUGCUAUGCCUCCAAGUCGGGGGUCGGCAGCUGGAGCUGGGGCAGCCGACGGCGAAAGUCAGCAGCCUGGAGCGUUUUUGCGGCGAGGGCUUGGGCCCAACAGUCCAAGUUCAUUCCUGCGCAGCGAUGCCUCAACGAAGCCAAGAGAAUGUACGAAACGCUGCCUCAUGGCCAGGGCAUCUCCCGGUUUGCCUUUGCUCGAGACACUAUGGACUCUCUGCAGCGCGAAUUAACGGAGAAGCUGGAGUUCCCCUCCGGCGGGCGCGACAGGGGCAUGUCGGAAGAUGCGGUCGACGGUGGCAUAGAUGAGGAGAGCGAGGCGCUGGUGGACACACGCUCGAGGAGAGCGAGCAACUUAGCACGGGGCGGGACGGAGACGGCACCACUGCACAACGAGGACAUGAGCAAAGAUACCAACGAAGCUAUAGAUCAGGAGGGUUUUGAAUAG